AUGGCAGAGCACCACGCGCAAUACCAGCAGUCCCAUCAGUUCCCGGGCCAAACAGGCAUGCAGCAGCAACAACACGGCAAGUCCUACCAGGUCGCAAAGGCCGCCACCGCAGUCACCGCCGGGGGUUCACUCCUCGUUCUUUCCGGUUUGGUCCUUGCUGGCACGGUCAUAUGCUUGACCAUAGCUACUCCUCUCCUCGUGAUCUUCAGUCCGGUCCUCGUCCCGGCUGUGAUCACAGUGGCUCUAAUAAUGACUGGCUUCUUGGCAUCCGGUGGGUUUGGCGUGGCGGCUAUCAGUGUGUUGUCGUGGAUCUACAAGUACGUGACUGGAAGCCACCCGCCUGGGGCGGACAAGAUCGACUCCGCGAGGCACAAGCUGGCAGGGAAGGCGAGGGACAUGAAGGACAGAGCCGAGCAGUUUGGGCAACAGCAUAUGGGCUCAGAACGCGGUCAACAUCAGACUUCUUAA